AAAAAAAAGAAAAAAGAAAAAAAAAACAAGUGACAAAAUUUUGAUUGAAGGGUUUAUCUGUUUCGCAGCUCAGGAGACGUCAUCGAGCGCCGACGGCGGUGACAUCUUCUCUCCUGCUCCGGCUGCUAGCUGAAUAGAAACAUGUCUACGUUUGUGAAACCAGAGAACGCGCUGAAGCGAGCUGAAGAAUUGAUAAAUGUCGGGCAAAAGCAAGAUGCUCUGCAAGCGCUUCAUGAUAUUAUCACCUCGAAGAGGUCCCGAGCAUGGCAGAAGACUCUGGAGCGGAUCAUGUUCAAGUACAUUGAGCUUUGUGUUGACAUGAGAAGGGGGCGGUACGCAAAAGACGGGCUUAUACAGUACCGCAUUGUGUGCCAACAAGUAAAUGUUACCUCUCUGGAAGAAGUGAUCAAGCAUUUCAUGCAUCUCUCUACGGAAAAAGCGGAGCAGGCUCGCAGUCAAGCUCAGGCUUUGGAAGAAGCUCUUGAUGUCGAUGACCUCGAGGCAGAUAAACGGCCGGAGGAUCUGAUGCUGAGUUAUGUCAGUGGUGAGAAAGGCAAAGACCGGUCCGAUCGCGAAGUGGUCACACCUUGGUUCAAGUUUUUGUGGGAAACUUACAGGACAGUGCUUGAGAUAUUGAGGAACAACUCAAAGUUGGAAGCUCUCUAUGCGAUGACUGCACAUCGAGCAUUUCAAUUCUGCAAGCAGUACAGACGAACUACUGAGUUCCGCAGACUCUGUGAAAUUAUUAGGAAUCAUUUGGCUAAUCUCAAUAAGUACCGGGACCAAAGGGACCGACCUGACUUAUCUGCUCCAGAGAGUCUGCAGCUUUAUCUUGAUACAAGAUUUGAGCAAUUGAAGAUUGCUACUGAGCUUGAACUGUGGCAGGAAGCUUUUCGUUCCGUCGAGGAUAUCUAUGGUUUAAUGUGCAUGGUUAAGAAAACGCCCAAGGCAUCCCUUAUGGUGGUUUAUUAUGCGAAGUUGACUGAGAUCUUCUGGAUCUCAUCCAGCCAUCUAUAUCAUGCUUAUGCUUGGUUGAAGCUCUUUAAUCUUCAGAAGAGCUUUAACAAGAACUUGAGCCAAAAAGAUCUGCAAUUGAUUGCGUCAUCUGUUGUUUUGGCUGCACUUUCUGUGGUCCCUUAUGAUUCUCGUAGAGCAUCACACUUAGAACUUGAAAAUGAGAAAGAGCGUAACCUCAGGAUGGCAGACCUUAUUGGGUUUAAUGUGGACCCUAAAGUGGAGAGUAGAGAAAUGCUUUCACGGUCAUCUCUUCUUUCUGAACUGAUUGCAAAAGGUGUACUUAAUUGUGCGACUCAGGAAGUGAAAGAUCUUUACCAUCUUCUGGAGCAUGAGUUCUUGCCGUUGGAUCUUGCUGUGAAGGUUCAGCCUUUACUGGCCAAAAUAUCUAAAAUCGGGGGUAAGCUUGCGUCGGCUUCUUCUGUCCCUGAGGUGCAGCUGUCUCAAUAUGUUACUGCCUUGGAAAAAAUUACCACCUUGAGGGUGCUUCAGCAGGUGUCUCAGGUUUACCAGACCAUGAAAAUUGAGUCUCUAGCACAGAUGAUACCAUUUUUCAAUUUCUUAGUUGUGGAGAAGAUAUCUGUGGAUGCGGUUAAGCACAAGUUUUUGGCAUUGAAAAUUGAUCAUGCCAAAGGUGUUGUUCUGUUUGGAGAUCAGGGUCUCGAGUCAGAUGUCCUGAGAGAUCACCUUGCGAUUCUUGCGGAGAAUUUAAAUAGAGCAAGGGCAAUGAUUUAUCCCCCUAGAAAGAAGGGGUCAAAACUUGGUGAAAUCUUGCCGAGCCUCGCGGAGACCGUCGACAGGGAACACAAGAGACUCCUUGCUAGGAAAUCUAUUAUCGAGAAACGUAAAGAAGAGCAUGAACGACAGCUUUUGGAAAUGGAACGGGAGGAGGAGUCCAGGAGGAUGAAAAUGCAAAAGAUAACCGAAGAGGCGGAACAAAAGAGGCUUGCCUCUGAAUAUGAGCAAAGGAAGAACCAAAGGAUCCUUAGGGAAAUAGAAGAGCGAGAACUCCAAGAAGCACAAGCUCUACUUCAGGAAGCUGUUAGAGGGAAAAAGAAGGGAAAGAAAACAAUCCUGGAAGGAGAGAAAGUGACGAAACAAACAGUGAUGGAGCUUGCUAGGAUUGAGCAGCUGAGAGAGCGUCAGGAGAUGGAGAAGAAGCUACAGAAACUGGCUAAGACGAUGGACUACCUUGAGAGAGCAAAGAGAGAGGAGUCGGCUCCUUUAGUUGAGGCUGCUUUCAAAGAGCGCUUGGUGAAGGAGCAGGAGCUUCAUGAACGUGAGCAACAGCAAGAAAUUGAGCUCAGCAGACAGCGCCAUGAUGGUGACCUCAAGGAAAAGAACAGACUGGUCCGCAUGGCUGAGAAUAAGGUUAUAUUUCAGGAAAGAGUCAUGAAGCGUAGGCAGGCAGAGUAUGACAGGUUGAGGACUCAGAGAGAGGAGCAAAUAAGGCAAGAGCUCCAAGCUCGUAAACAGGAGAGGGAAAUUCUGAGAAAGCGCAAGUUCUUCUUGAUUGAAGAGCAGAAGAGAUGUGAAAGGGAAGCACGAGAAGCUGAAGCUCGCCGUAUUGAAGAGGAAGAGAGGCGGAAGAAGGAAGAGGCCGAAAGGAAGGCCAAGUUGGAUGAGAUUGCUGAGAAGCAAAGGCAGAAAGAGAGAGAGAUUGAGGAAAAGGCGAGGCUACAGAGAGAGGCUCUUUUGGGAAGGACAGUGGAGCCGCCUAGGCCUUUGGAGCCACCUGUUGGGGCCCGUCCCGUGGAGCCUGUGGCUGUUGCCGCUGCUCCUACCCCAAGCAAGUACGUGCCCAAGUUCCGGCGGGGCGGUGGGGAGAGUGCACCCCCACCACCGGAGCCUGAUCGCUGGGGCGGUGGAAAGCAGGAUGACCGCCCUUCCCUCGGUGGUGACAGGUGGCGCGGCGGCGGCGGCGAUGAUCGGAGGCCAUCCUUUGGGGACGGUCCCCCGAGGUCCAGCUGGUCGUCUUCUAGGAUCCCACCACGUGGGGAGCGUUGAACUCGGAAUCAAAGCCAUGAUGAGGAUGAUGAUUCAAUAAUCUCUAAAAAGCUGCUGCUGAUGGCGUUGAACAGGUUAUGAAGAGUUGAAAUUAGAGUACCUCCGGGUUUCGAUGGCAGAUCGAAGAGGGGUAGCGACAUGGUUUUGUCUGAUAUUAAGUAUGUUAUUUAGGAAUUUUGUCUUCUGUCCUGAAUGUGACCGGUCGGAACUCGAACCUCAAUUGGGUUUGUUCUAAUCUGGAUGUUCAGAUGACUUUUGGGUUAUCGGUGAACUGAAGACAAAUGUUUGUUUC